AUGAAACCAACAGACUAUCCCGAAAUACAGGAUCUUCGAAAAGCUAUACCACCGGGCUGUUCUCUUCCCUGUCUGCAGACCUCUCUCUACUACAUCUCCAGAGACAUCGUGGCGUCAGUAGUGCUAGUUUACUUCGCCUUCAACUACAUCAGAGAAGAUCAACUCGGACAGACUCUGUCCUUCAUAGCUUGGGGAGCAUACUCAUUCCUCCAAGGACUUAUCUGUACUGGGAUCUGGGUACUGGCUCACGAGUGCGGUCAUGGGUCACUCUUUGUCUCGACAAAGCUGAACGACGGAAAUGGAUUUGUACUUCAUUCCUUUCUGAUGGUACCGUACUUUUCCUGGAAGUCCACUCACCGGCGCCAUCAUCGGUUUACCGGGCACGCAACUAGGGAUGUCGCCUUCGUGCCAGCAAUGAAACCAGUCGAUUCUGAUAGAGACAUAUUCUCUCCUUCGGGGACAGCAGCUAUUCGGUUGGCCUCUAAUGCUUUCUUCAAUCUGUCUGCUGGUAAAGACAGUCUCCUGCGAGAUGUUUCUGUAACCGAGCGUUGGCUGAGAGUCAGUCUCUUUGAUCCUUGGAGCUCUGUUUUUAGGGAUAAGAAAGCAUGGAGCGUGUUGGCCUCUGACUGCGGUCUUGGCAUCAUGGGUUGCUUUUUGGGCUGGUGUGGCCAGGAAUUUGGGUCAGAAACCAUGGUUCUUCUAUACCUUCUGCCCUAUCUAUGGGUUAACAAUUGGUUGGGUGUGAGAACCUCUCAAAUUCUCCAACAGGUGGAGGCUUUUGGGGCGAUUUCAGUUAAUAUCAAAGCAGUUGCCAUCACCUAUCUCCAACAUAACCAUCCCCAAGUGCCUCACUAUACCGAUGAGGGGUGGAACUUCACCAAAGGGGCUCUAUCAGCAAUCGACAGAGACUUCGGCUUUGUCGGGAGGCACUUCUUUCAUCUAAUCAUAGACAGACAUGUGGUCCAUCACCUAUUUCCCCACAACUGCUAUCAAGCCACUAUUGGGGGGCUUAAACCAUUACGAAGGCAGGAGUUUUCUGGGUCAGCUAUGGUAUCAGUCUUGCACACUGAAGUAUAUAGAAAACGACCCCAAUCGUCCCGGCUAUACCCGAUGGACGUUGGAAGUGGAAAAUUUGGCGUUGGCAUUUGGUGA